UGGGCGGGUCGGCUCGCUUUUGAAUAAUGCAUGCAUCACGACUCAGCUGCCAUAUGUCAGUCAGUGAUAGUGCAAAACAGCAACAACAGAUACCGGUACCUACCAUACACUACAUAUAAACUUUGGAUGACACGAUCCACGGCUGUCGUUCGGACGUCUCGGGGACCCGAGAGUCAGGAACAUAAAGGCCGACGAAGAGUCCGAGCGGAAGGGCACACCUCCACUAGCUUCCAUUCAAUCGGACUUUGACCGCUUCCGGUCGUCGUCAUUCCACAGCGUCCAUCUUCAUAAGGCGCCAUCGCAACAGCGCUUGCAUUGCGAAUGGCGAUGGUCGCACCAAUGAUAGACCCUAGACAUGUCAUAUGCCUGAGUCAACAUGGGGAUUGAUCCUCGAAGUGCCUGAUGCUAGAUAUCAAAAGGCAGCGGAUGACAGAUGUCAGACUGCCGUAGAAGCCUCAGGAUGAAACAUGCAGGGACGGUGAAAGAUCAGGCUACCGGCGAGAUUGCAUACACACACACGCACACGCACACAAGUUCACAGCGUCCGUCGCGCUUUGUCUCUUUUCAAACACCAACCGUGACUCGCGGUGUCUCUUGACCAAGUUGACUUGUCGCUGAACCUUACUCACCCACACCCUACGUGUCCUUCGUUCUUUCUCCUGUGGUGCCAGUCACCAGUCACAACGAGUCGCCACGCCGUUCGCUAUCAGCAUCAGACUGAACUGAACCGAAAGAUCCAGGAGAGACAUCCACUCGCUCUUACCCAAACGUUUCCAUACAUCGACGACAGGAAACAGAAGGCUCAAGUUCUUGUUGCCCGAAAUUGGUAAAUUGGGGAAACGGACACGGAACGGGCCUUAUCCCAUCAUAACCGAUCACGCAUUCACGCCAGCACGUGAAGAAGCCAGCAUAUCUCUGUGUGCAUACGCAUCAUUCUCUGCUGCAGUUUUCCUUGCCUUGCAGCGUCAAGCACUCAUCGACCUGAACUUUUCACCAAUUACAUGGUCCUUGCAUCAUGUCACAAAAAACGGGUUCGGUGUCACAGUCCAAAAGACUGUUGAACUACCCAGACCCUUUGAGAGGUCCGGAUGUUCCAUAUGUUGUGGAGAGAAAGUCCAACCCGCCCAUUCGCGGCUGGAUCAUUUGCGCCGCUGCCUUCAUUCUGGAAUAUGUUCGCUUUAUCAGGGAGAUGAUAUGGCGCAACGCCGGCUUCGGCGACCUACGCAAGAUUCGCCCCUAUAUUGAGGACUAUGAGCCAUGGUUUGAGCCUCAGAUCGUACCCUUUCCAGAUUUUGAGACUACCGAUGAAGUUAAGGAUGACCUUGCGGAUGACGAAAUCCCGGAAACUGAGGCGGCCAAGCGAGACGACCUCCGCCACAGAUAUCCCCAGGCAAAUUAUUACUCAGUGGAGGACUAUCGGAAACUCUACCUCUCAGGCGCACUCACACCCUUAGACGUUGCCCAAGCUCUGCUGCCCCUGAUCCGCCGCGACGUCGAGAACCCUACCGAGUACUCUUCAGCAUGGUUCGACAGCAAGGUUGACAAAGUUUUGGCUGCGGCAACGGCCUCGACGCAGCGGUACAAGGAAGGACGCUCUCUUGGUCCCUUGGAUGGUGUUCCCACUGGUGUCAAGGACGAGUACGACAUUGACGGCUACGAAACCAACCUUGGCUCGAAAAACAUCUACACGGGAACCAUUCACGAGGAAGAUUCCAUCACGACCUGGUGUGUGCGCAAGCUGCAAGAAUCCGGCGCCAUCAUCCUCGGCAAGCUCUCCAUGCACGAGUUCGGUCUCGACACCACCGGCAACAACCCGGUUCACGGUACUCCCAGAAACCCUCACAACCCCAACUACUAUACAGGCGGCAGCUCCUCUGGCACCGGCUAUGCCGUCAGUGCCGGUCUCAUCCCUAUCGGUCUUGGCAGCGACGGCGGCGGCAGCAUUCGCAUCCCCUCCAGUCUCUGCGGCGUGUUUGGUAUCAAGCCCACCCACGGCCGUCUCUCUUUCAAGCCCGGCCAAAACCACUGCCUGACCUGCGCCUGUCUCGGACCUAUCGCCGCGGACAUCAAGUCCCUCGCCACCGUCUUUCAAGUAAUCUGCAAGCCUCACCCGUCCUCUCCUUUCCCUCCUUUGAAGCGCCUCAGCUUGACCGGCCCUCCCAAUGGUGGUGACCACCCCAAAGUCCUCGGUAUCCCCUCCGCCUGGUUCGCUCGCGCCACGCCCGCCAUCCAAACCCUCUGCAACACCAUGAUCCGGCGCCUCUGCUCCGACCACGGCUACACGGCCGUGGAAAUCGACAUUCCCUUCCUUCCCGAGGGCCAAAUUGCGCACGCCAUCACCGUCCUCACCGACGCCGCCACCCUCCUCCCGGAAACCGGCAACCUGACCUACGGCAACCGCAUCCUCAUUGCCCUUGGGACCGUCACGCCCGCCUCUGAUUACAUGCUAGCCAUGAAGCUGCGCCGCGUGCUGAUGCAGCACCUCUCCUGGCUGUGGCAGCAAUACCCGGGAAUGUUAAUUGUCACCCCCACAACCAGCUGCGAGGGCUUGCCGAUCAAGAGCAAGAGCGAGCUGAAGUGGGGCGUGAAUGAUGGGGAUAGAACGCUGCAGAGCAUGGAGUAUGUUUGGCUGGCAAAUUUCUGUGGACUGCCCAGCAUCUCCGUGCCCGCUGGGUUUGUCAGUCCAGAGUCGGGGUUGGUGAACGAUAUGGACGUGCAAGGGAGAGGGGAGGUGCCCGUAGGAUUGAUGGCUAUGGGAGAGUGGUGCGCAGAGGAGCAGCUGUUGCAGUUUGGAGCCGUGUGUGAGGAGGCGGGUGCUGAUAGGAGGAGACGGCCGCCGAUUUGGGUGGAUGUGGUGAAGAAGGCCAAGGAGGAGGUUGCACAGCGGGGGUAGGUAGAGGGAGGAGAUGGGGGUUGAGGUUCAUAUUGGGGUGAUGUCUGUUUUGGAGAGCAGGGUUUGGCUAGGGGGUUAGAGAGAGACUGUGGAAUGUCGUGUAGUAUCAGAUACAUUCACCAAUAGCGGCAUUACAUAACGAAACAAGCAAGAUGUUGACGUCUUGCAUUCAUUAUCGGUCA